GGCGAUAAAUUGAUCUGACGCCGUCUCGUUGCCUUUCCCGAAUCUCACCCACAGUUUUCUCGGUUCCUUUCCUUGUUCGUUCGUUGUUCCCAGUUCCCACUCGCUGCGGCCUGCUGCCCGCAUUCCUGUCCUCCACCCGUUCAGUCCCGAAAGCAUUAAAGACAAAGAAAACCCUGUAAAACCCAAAAUUCGACGCGCUGUUUUCCCCAAUUCACAGCUCCGACGGCCAGCAAAAUCCUAUCGUCAAUGGAGUUCCGGUCCGGCCUUCAUAUCCUGGCGGCCUCUCUGUGUUUCCUCUUGAUUUCCCCUCGCUGUGCCUUCUCUGACGAAAUAGAGGGGUCAGUUCUGCGAUUGAACAAAGGCUUGUUCUCGAAAUCAUUUGAUCCCACCCGCGUCACUCAGCUCUCAUGGCGACCAAGGGCCUUUCUUUACAAAGGGUUUCUGUCAGAUGCCGAGUGCGAUCACCUUAUCGAACUGGCUAAGGACUCGCUUGAGAAAUCAAUGGUAGCAGAUAAUGAUUCGGGGAAGAGUAUAGAGAGUGAAGUCAGAACAAGCUCUGGAACUUUUCUGUCGAAAUAUCAGGAUGAAGUGGUUGCUGCUAUCGAGCAGAGGAUUGCUGCUUGGACUUUCCUUCCAGUAGAAAAUGGAGAGGCAAUUCAAAUCUUACGCUAUGAGCUUGGUCAGAAGUAUGAACCACAUUUUGACUAUUUCCAUGACAAGGCUAAUCAGGCGCUUGGUGGACACCGGAUAGCCACCGUGUUGAUGUAUUUGUCUAACGUAGCAAAGGGUGGAGAAACGAUAUUUCCCAAUGCAGAGGGAAAGGAAUCUCAACCCAAGGCUGACGACUUGUCUGAUUGUGCCAAGGAUGGUUAUUCAGUGAAGCCCGAAAAGGGCGAUGCACUACUGUUCUUCAGUCUCCACCCUGAUGCAACGACUGAUCCACUCAGUCUGCAUGGGAGCUGCCCUGUUAUAGAGGGAGAGAAGUGGUCGGCAACAAAGUGGAUCCAUGUCAGAUCAUUUGAGGAAUCCAUACACGGUGAAGGCGGCCAUACAGAAUGCAGCGAUGAGAAUGAAAACUGUGAGAAGUGGGCCAAAGCGGGGGAGUGUGAGAAGAAUCCUAAGUAUAUGGUUGGUUCUGAUGAGUACAGUGGAUUCUGUAGGAAGAGUUGCAAGGUCUGCUCUUCUCAGGAGAAAGGCACAGAGAGAGAGGGAGUGAGCUCAGUGUAGUCCAUUGAGAUGAGAACGGAAUCAAGGCUUUGGGUAGCUCUAUUAUAAUGCGCUGUAGGUGUAGAUAUCAUUUUGGCAGGUAUGUUCGCACCGAACUUGAUAAUGUUAUAGAGCAUCAGUCACAGUCGUUUACAGUGAAAAUGGUAAGAAAUGAAGUUGGUAUAUGUAGGUCUGGUAAGUGACAUCCUUAAACAGCAACAGCGUUUACAGGUGGGCAUGAUCUGAUUCAGGCCGAGAAUUAUAUUGAAUCAUGAUAUCGUAUCGAAAAUAAAGGUUAAAUAAGAAU